GACAGAGACAGGCAGGAUGGGAGCGGGAUGGGAUGGGGACAAGGACAGGCAGGAGGGGGACCAGCACCACCCCGCCCCUCCCCAGCCAGCGUGGCGGAUCCGAGAAACCCCCACCCCUCUACCCCCCUUUUCCCCCAUAAAGGCGGGGCCUCUCCGCCCCUUCCCCCCCCUUUCUCCCGGCGGCGGCGGCGGCCGGAUGCGGGCGCGGGAGCUGGGGGCACUGGUGACACUGGGAGUGCUGGGGGCGCUGCUGGGACGGGGAGCGCUGGGAAUACCGGAGGUACUGGGAGCGCUGGGUGUACUGGGGGUUCUUUGGGUGCUGUUGGCACUGGAGGUACCUGGAGCACUGAGGGCACUGCUGGGGCUUGGGGCGCUGGGGGUACUGGAGGUACUGGGGGUACUGGAGGUACUGGGGGUACUUGGAGAACUGGGGGUGCUUGGAGCACUGGGGGUACUGGGGGCGCUGCUGGCGCUGCUGCCGCCCCCCGCCCCGGCCGAAACCUUCUCGGCGAUGCUGAGCGUUCGAGGAGCGCUGGGCGCCGAGCGCCGCCUGCUCCGCCGGCUCCGGUCCUACCUGCGGGAGGAGAACGCCCGCCUCCGCCGCCUCCGCAGGUUCUAUGAGAAGGUCCAGGUGCUGCACCAGGACCCCGAGGCCUCGGUGGACAAUCCCUUGCUGGCCUUCAGCCUCAUCAAGCGCCUCCACUCCGACUGGCUCAACAUCAUCUACAGCGACGAGGCCACUGGGAAUGCCCAGGCACUCCAUGCCGGUCUCAGGGAGGUGGAGCAGGAGCUGCCUGGAGCCGAGGACCUGGACGGGGCAGCCCGGGCACUGAUGCGGCUGCAGGACGUCUACGCCCUCAGUGUCAAGGGCUUGGCCAACGGCGUCUUCCAGCGAUCCGGCACCGACCACCCGCCCCUCUACAGCCCGGGCCGGCGCGUCUCCCUCUCCGCUGAUGACUGCUUCCAUGUGGGAAAGGUAGCCUAUGACACAGGUGACUAUUACCACUCCAUCACGUGGCUGGAGGAGGCUGUCAGCCUCUUCCGCCUCUCCUACGGCAGCUGGAACCCAGAGGACCGGAGCAGCCUGGAGGAUGCUCUGGACCAUCUCGCCUUCUCCUACUUCAUGGCUGGAAACAUCUCCCAUGCCUUGAGCCUCUCCAGGGAGUUUCUCCACUACGAUCCCAGUAACCAAAGGGUGACAAAGAACGUGGCCAAGUAUGAGAAGCUGCUGGAGAUGGGGACGGGGGUGAGCGCCAGACCCCUGAGACGCCCCAACAGCACCCGCCUGCAGAGCCGGGACGCCUACGAGGAGCUGUGCCAGCGACCCAGGGGGCAGCCAGCCCCAGAGCAGCUCCUGCACCUUGGCUGCUCCUAUGAGACCAACAGCAGUCCCUACCUCCUCCUCCAGCCUGCCAAGAAGGAGAUGGUCCGGAUCCGACCCUAUGUGGCACUGUACCAUGAUUUCAUCAGCGAUGCUGAGGCUGAGACCAUCAAGGGGUUGGCAGGGCCCUGGCUGCAGAGAUCCGUGGUCGCCUCUGGGGAGAAGCAGCAGAAAGCCGAGUACCGGAUAAGCCAGAGUGCGUGGCUGAAGGACACAGCUGACCCCGUUGUGAGGGCCUUGGAUCGGCGCAUCGCUGCCAUCACCGGCCUGGACCUGCGGCCACCCUACGCCGAGUACCUGCAAGUGGUCAACUAUGGGCUGGGAGGCCACUAUGAGCCACACUUCGACCACGCCACGUCCAGGAAGAGCCCCCUUUACAGAAUGAAGUCAGGCAACAGGAUCGCCACAGUCAUGAUCUAUCUGAGUGCAGUGGAGGCUGGGGGCUCCACCGCCUUCAUCUAUGCCAACUUCAGCGUGCCUGUGGUCAAGAAUGCUGCUCUUUUCUGGUGGAACCUGCGGAAGAACGGGAAUGGUGAUGGUGACACUCUCCACGCCGGCUGCCCUGUCCUGGCUGGGGACAAGUGGGUGGCGAAUAAGUGGAUCCAUGAGCAUGGGCAGGAGUUUCGGCGGCCAUGUGGUGCUGACCCAGGGGACUGAGCCAUCGUGGGAUCGUGGAUGUGGCAAAACCAUCCCAGCACAGCAUGUUCCCAAGGCUGGAGUGAGAGGGAAGGAGGGAAGGGGGUGGAAGCAUAGUGGGGGGUGAUCCGGGGGGCUGUCACUUGCUCAGCCACGACUUAAUCGUGUGGAAAUAAAGUCAAAGG